AUGGUUGUUUCUCCUAAACAUGAUUAUGAGUUACAUAAUAAUGGAGUUAAUCACAAAAAUAAAGAUGCUACUAUUGUUUCAUCGCCUCCUCCGCCUAGGACGCCACCCCAAGCUUAUCCAUUUAGUAUGAAUUAUGAAGCUCCUAAUUAUGAUUAUCAUGACGAGGAUGAGACGAAAAUAAGGGAAAGAGAAGGAAUUCCUGAUUUAGAAAAUGAAAGUGAACUAAGUUCAAUUAUGUCAACUAAUAGAACUUCAAAUAGAAAUUCAUUUUCAACCAUUGAAGAAAUAAUCAUUAGUAACUUGAAGCCUAAGUUAACAAUACAAGAGUGUGAAUCUUUGACAAUUAAUUGUGUUUCAAUACCAACUUCAACUAGCACAAUAAGUCUAAAGGAAGCAAUGGUUGAUAUAAAGAAUGAGUUCCAAAAUCUAUGUGAUUUUGGAAAAGAAUUAUCACCGAUUUUUGAGGGAGAAAAGAUACAAUAUCACUCUCCAUCCAUAAAAUUAAAAGCCUUUGUCUCUUGUGCGUUUGGGAGGGUAUUCUCUUCCAUAUCGUCGUGUUUGCACUCUCCAUACAUGUCAUACAAACCAUGUCUCAAAAGAAAAAAGUUGUCCAAAACUAAAAUCCAGAGAAAUCGUGAUCAAACAAAACUUGGCGACCUUUCGUCAACUUUGGAGAAGCUUUAUAUAUGGGAAAAAAAACUUUAUGAAGAAGUUUUGGGUGAAGAAAAACUUAGAAUUUCCUAUGAUAAGAAGAACAAAAAACUAAAAAAAUUGGAUAUGAAAGGUUCUGAGUCAAAUGAGAUUGAUGAUAUUGUUGAUUCUAUCAAAAUUCUACAUUCAAAAAUCAAUGUAGCUGUUACUUCAAUCAGUGUGAUAUCAAGAGAGAUUCACGAGUUAACAGUUGAUAAACUGCUUCUUGAACUCAAUAAAUUGAUUGAUGGCUUAAUGAAAUUGUGGAAGAUUAUGAAUAUAUGUCACCAGAAACAAUUCCAAACUAUCAGCAAAGUCAAAAGUCAUGUACAUAUAUUGGAUCCAUCAACAAAUAAAAAGUCAAACUCAAAAGCUACAUUGAGACUUGAAAAAGUGAUUUUAAAGUGGGGUAAGUGCUUUUGUAACUUCUUCAACAAACAAAAAACCUUAGUGAAACAUUUGAAUGAUUGGCUACAAAAGUGCACUCAUGAAGAAAAAGAAGAACAUGAAGAUGAAAUUAGUCCAAUUUUUAGAGUUUGCAAGAAUUGGUACAAUGCAAUUAACAAGGUUUCUGAUAUUGAAGUCUCUAAAGCUAUUAAUAAUUUUGCAUCAAACAUGCAUCAAUUAUAUAAGAAGCUUAAAGAGGAAAAUGCAUUGAAAGUUAAAGUGAAAUGUCUUUUUAUGGAUUAUAAACAAAGUCUUAAAUCAUAUUGCAAGAGGAAUAUAAUCGAUUAUCAUCAUUAUCACUCUUUUAUGAAAAUGAAGGCCUCUGAAGAUUUCGAAGACGACGAAAUUCCAUUGUUGAAGGUUUAUGAUAACACCUUAGUAAAUUUAAGAUUAAGAUUGAUUGAAGAGAGAAAUAAACACCGACAAAUUGUGAAACAUGUUAAUGAUGUUGCUUCAAGUUGUUUUCAAGAGGGUUUGACUCCAAUUUUUGAAGCUUUGUGGAGGUUUAGUUUAGAAAAUGUAAAAGUUUAUGAACUACUUAGAGUUUCACAAAGUAGAUUAUGA